GGUGUCUCUCGCGAAGGCUGGUACCAAAUGUCCAUCUGAGUACGGUCCUGCCCCGGGAGGUGGAGUGGACCGAGGCAGGGACAAGGAUCGACUGAAAAUGUGUGGCGUGUGGGCAGGUGGAUCUGGUGAUAAAGAACCAGAAAUGCGCUGGGAUGGUGGACACGGGCGCAGAGAUGAACAUCAUUAGGGAGAAGGAGGCGGUGAUGAUAGGCAUGGACAUCGACCGCUUGGACCAUAGCAUGCUGCACGGCGCUAAUUGCAAGGCCGCUUUUUGCGGCACAGCGUCUAAUGUGAUUAUAGAGAUUGGGAAGGUGCGAGCCAGGACUUGCUUCUUUGUCAUGCCCGAUGUUGAUCAUCCCAUCCUUCUGGGGCGGUCGUUCCUAUGCUGGACGGAAAUGUUGAUCUUCAACAAGCACGACGGAACAAUGAUCCUGAUCCUGUGCGACCCGGCGUGUGGGAAUCAUGAAGUUGUCACAUGCCGGAACACGGGGCCGGGGAGCGGGAGAUAUAGGUCCAAUCUAGACUCCUUCACCUUUGGGGAGUCAGAGAACGAGCGGAGACGGCUUUGGAAAAUGCCCGAGGAGAAAGAUAGGGCUGAGGUGCUGACAUUGAGCCUCACGGAUGUGAAUAAGGCCAUGGAGGUGGUGUCGGCUCACGACAUGAAGGAUCCGGAGGCCAUUAAGGCAUUGAGGGAACAGGUUUUGGAGAACCCCCAGCAGGGUUCCCAAAGGCGGUACAAGACCAUAGAUAAGAAGUGCCGCCCAGUUCCCGUGCUCGUCACAGAGGAUGAGGAAGCCUACUAUGAGCGGGAGCGAGGUUUCAUACGGCGUAUGCGGGAGCACGCGUUGGCCGGGCCGUGCCGUAUCAACGACGAAAAUGAGGGGAAGCUGAUAAUUGGGGAGCCCGAUUUCCUGUCCACCCAGGAGAGAACGUUGAUGGUGGGGCUGAUGAAGAAAAGACACCGCGCGUAUGCAUUCAACGACGACGAGCGUGGGAGGCUGGAUGUGGACAAGAUCCCGAUGAUCAGGAUCCACACGGUCCCACAUGAGCCAUGGAAUCUAAGGGGCGCGCGAUACCCAAAUCCGGAUGAGGAGAAGAAGGUGGUGGACUACCUGGACGGCAAGAUGCGGACGCACGUGGCCAACUAUUCCAGUGGACCGUAUGCGUCACCUUGGUUUUGUUUUAUCAAACCAAAUGGAACGCUAAGGAGGCUCAUCUUGAGGGUGGACCCUAUUGCACUGGCGUGUUCCCUGAAGAAUUAUACUCCAUCUGACUCAACCGUCGCAAGAUGGUUGACCUACAUUUGGAUGUUUAAUAUCGAGAUGGAAAGGAUCCCAGAGAACAAGAACAGGGCAGAUGGGUUAAGCCGCAUCAACUGGGACGGAUCGGACGAGGAAUCGAUAGAAGACACACAGCCAGUUGAUGGGUUUCUGGAUCAAGAGGAGGACGUUCGCCUGCACAUAAACGAAUGGUCCCUGCGAGUUCCCAGUUGUGUCAGCCACCCCAUAUGGCUGGCACCAAAGGGGUACGAGCAGAAGGAAGAGUUAGUCCUCAAGCCCUUUCAGGAGGAGGAUCCGUGGGGAARUAAGGAUGUUGGUUGGAURAUGAAGUUGGCGUUGGCAGGUAYGCACAGUCUGGUGGAGRAAGUGAGGAYAAUAGAGGAAGRCCCCGCUCAGGUAGAGGAGCAUGAGCAGCUAAUGGGAGGGAUGUACCUGCUCACCAAUACGCUCCUGCAGGGAGACUUCGACCGGAAGGGCUCGUUCAGUCACGAGGAGGAUGAGAUUCUGGUUCCUGAAAGCCGAGACGACGAAUUCGAGGAAGGAGAAAUCAAGGAGGCGUUUCGGGCGGAGGAGUAUGAUGGGAUCUACCGGGAAUUGGGGUUGCUCCUAUCAUGUAAGAUGAAAGAUGGAGAUGCAAGUGCCAAGGCACAAAAGAUGAGGCACCUCUAUGUGGUAAGGGACGGCCACUUGUUUAUAAAGCGGCAGGUCGGGAACCCCAGGAGGAUCGUAUGUGGAAGAAACCGGCAAAUUGAUAUCAUAGCGGCCCUACACGAUGGUAUAGCAGGGGGGCACAGAGGGUCCGAUGUCCAUCCUCCCCUUUCCUAUUGUCUAACGACCCUUGUUGUCCCCGACAUUCAUCCCCCACACUGGAAACUGUGGCGUGAAGACUUCGUCGAGCUUUCACUAUGCUUGGUUGAGGUACGACUGACGUGGACCGAGGACGAGGCGCGCCCGCCUUGCAUAGAGCGCCUGGAGUUGCUGUUCAUCUUGGCUUGGCGAACCAACGUGGAGGGAGAACUCCUCGCGUCUCUAUUCGGUACAAAACGGCCCGAACAUCAGGAACUCAUCGCGCAAGAGCUCGCGAUCCCGGUAGCGCAGCUGGCGGAUGAACUUCCUCUCGACAUCAUCUCGCAAGACGACGAGCACCCGAUUCCUCAUGUGCUUUCUCGCACGUUAACGCCGUAUCUCCAGUGGUCGGCUUGUGUGGAGGGAGCCGCCGAGCGCAUCCUGCCGUCGCAGCAGCAGUAUUUGGAUCCUCGGACGAUUUGCGAUCCUGCCUUCUUCAGGCAUCCAACGGCGGAACAGCUUGCUGCCAUCCAAGAGGAGGAAGAGGAGGAAGAAAGCACUGAGAGUAACGAAGGAGAAGCCGAGCGGGAAGAAAGUGGGGAAAGUGAAGAAGUACUCGGGGAAGAGAACGAAACCCCCGAAGAAGGAAGCUAUAGCGAGCAUAGCGAGGGGGAGCCGAGCGAAGAAGAAGAGGAAGAAGACAAUGAAGGAGAAGAGGAGAACGAAGAAGGACCUGCGGAAUCGGAGUGGGAAGUUGUGCCGGAAGAAGUGCUACGCACGGGCACAGAGGCUGAAGAUCCGGAGGCGGCCCGCAAAAGAGAAGAAACCGCAGCCGGAAAGAGGGAACUGGAGUUUGCGAUCUGGCAAGCUUGCACGUCCACGAUGACCCAAACCAAGAUCCGGAGCCCCCCCGACCAGAACAUGGCGACCUCACGACCACCACUCCAACCCCAUCCACGCGGCGACGGAGCCGAUUCCCCUCCUCCCCAACCCGUCCCCCAGUUCGCCGACGUACCGAUACGGGCGAUCGGCCUUCGUCCCCGAUUACUCUCUCGCCGUCCUCUUGACUACCUCACCCUCCGCCAGCUCACCACCCCCAUCACGUUCCCCUCCAACCCGUUUCCCCGCGAUACCUUCCGCCACUUCUAUGCUGCUCGCCUCGCUAUAGUAGUGCACCCCCACCCCUCCAUUCAGUGCGCCGUCCCAAGCUUCUGCCUCCAUGUUUUGCUCCUUAGUGCCACGUGGCGAGGCCACAAUAUGAUCGAGGUUUAUUGCAUAGUAACGGGGACCAUCCCCGCCUGCGAAGAUCGCAAUCGUUUCCGCGCGGCACUUUUCCGAAAUCUCACUAGUGGCACCCUUUAUCCUGAUUACCUCGCGUCCCUCCCUCGCACUGGCAACCGUUUCCCCCGCUUCCAUCGCAUCGUCCACUACCAAGUGCUUCCAGAAUCUGCAGCCGGAAUGGAAAGGUUCCUGCCCCCGCUACCCCUAAGCCCUCCACCUCGCCAUGCCGCCAUGCACCGACUCCCUUUUCCCCUUCCAGUUAAUCACUGAUGCAACCGGUAAUGGAUGCGUGUCGCGACGACGGCACGAGAAAGAUCCCGUCCUUGGAUCAUCGAAGAGCCCAAUCUGAGGAACGAGUAAAAGAGCAGAGUUGCC